AUGGCCGAGAAGAUCGAGGAAGAGUGGCGGGGAUGGGUGUGCCAAAGAGCAGCGGAAACCGGCGAAAACUGCCGCAGCAGCUCGGAGCUGGGUUUCAGCUUCGUUUCGGAGCUACACAGGGAAUGUCACGACUCCAACAAUUUUGAGCGCUAUUUGAUCCGACACUACUUCGAGAACACUAAGACUUCCUACAAGAAGAUUGAGGAGCCUUCUGGCUUUUGCUUGUACGGAUAUUUGACGGCCUUGAUGGUUCUGGCAUGGCACAAACUUCCUGACAAGGUUGGGGAUGCGCUCAGAUACAUCUAUACUGCGAAGCAUCUUCUAGGCCACUACCACUCCUUUGAUUUUCUGGAGUCGUCCUCAUGGCCAAUCUCUUCAUUCUUGAUUUUGGUGAAUUUCCAUUCCGGUGGCACCUGGGUGCCCCUAAUGGCUCCACCAGACUAUGGCCAUCCGGGCCAGUACGGGGCAGCUUUCUACUACGAGAGGCUGCAAUGGCAGAACACGGUGGAGGCUACAAAACCUCUGCCUGGAGCAGCUCCAUUCUGGCCAGUACCCGGAUACAGUCCAGAUAAGUGGCGUGGCUUGGGAUCUGGCCGCCGGCAGUUGGUGGUAUGGCAGUUCUGCAUCCAUGCCUCCACUGCUGGGGAGGCGGUCACCAUGAUCACACGCUUCUUGCACGACGACUACCAGGUGGAGUUUUUGGGAAACUCUUUGGCAACGCAACUAUGUAGAAAUUAUCAGCCCUCCCUCUGUGCUACGGGGCGAAAUCUUCAAUUUCUGACUUGGCUGAGCGAGCGUUUCGAGGAGAGUGAUACUCCCUAUGCAGAGCUUUCUGAUCGCUUUCAGCAAGAGCUCCUGCCAGAAUUAUCCAAGGCUGAUGUUUGGAUGUGCUCCAUCCCAGCCGUGUGGUGUCGGCUGCUGUGGGAUGCUGCACUGACUCUGAAGUCACAAAACAUCGCGCCGAAGCCCAUUUUUGCAUAUCUAGGUCUUCCGUUGUUGCAAUACGUGCGUGAUGGACGGGAAGACUUUCUUCGAGCCUUUGUCGAAAUGGGACAGCACGAGCGGAACAUCGUAGCAGCCAACAAUGCCUACCUGGCUGAGCAGGUGGAAUGGCAGACUGGCUUGAAGGUUCCAACCCUUCGCAUUCACGGCCUACACACCAAUGCUACCUAUGUACCGCUACGAAGCCAUGAGGUCUUGGUCUCGCGACCCGGAACUAGUGGUGGUUGGCAAGAAUGUAUCUUGAAUCGAUUUCGGGAUGCGAAUCCCGACUAUCCGUUCCGAUUUAUUCAGUUCACCAACUUACUGAAUCCGCACUCAAUUGAGGAGGUGUACAAUAUGUCCUUGUCAUACCAAGCGCUGUCCCAGUAUCGAGCCGUGGUGGGUUUUCCCUACGACACGUCGUUGAUGUUUUUCUGGGAGUUCUACUCCAUGGGAAUGCCCAUGUUUGUGCCAUUUGAUUUGUGGCACCGGGGUAUCUUUGGUCAGCAUACACGACCCGACUUGGAGCAACCCAGAAUCUUUCCUGAAGGAAAAAACCAGUCGAAACUUCUUACUGAAGAGGAACGACUUCCAUACUCUCCCUUCUUCGACGGCUUUGGCCCUCUGGAUGUUGAGCGAGCCAUCUUUUGGUCCAAAUACACCGACUGGGCCAUGUUUCCGCACCUGCAGUACUUCAAGUCUGUGCCAGACCUCAUGGCCCAGCUGCUUGAUAUCGACUUGCAGGCAGUUUCUGCGGCAAUGAAGCUCUUCAAUGAGGAGUGUAUGGUAAAGAGUGUUGCAACUUGGCGUUUCGUCGUGGAGCGGUGGUUCGAUGUGGAAACCUUCACUGAGUUCCCUCAUGAUUUGGAGACCUGA